CGACAAAAGCCCGCCAAAGUGUAUAGGUUAUGUUUACGUGUUUGAAAACAUUUCAAAGCUUUCAAACAAUUGUAGCAGUAAAUACAAAUAAUGGACGAGGCUGCAAUAGAAGAACUAGAACUGAGCGAUGCAGAGAGCUUCGAAGAGGUCCAGCUAACUGCAGCUCAAGUAAUUGAAAUGAUGGAAGAGGCCUGGGUGAACGAAAAAUUUGCCCCCGAAAUAUUACCCCACAAGAUGGAAGUAGUGGAUUGCCUGUUGGGACAGAUUGCUUAUAUGGAGGAGAACCUGCAAAGCCUGCCCAGUACAGAUUUCAAAAAAAGUAUACACCAGUUAGAAGUAGACCGACUCCGGUUUUUAGUAUCCAGUUACUUGCGAACUAGAUUAGAGAAGAUAGAAACUUAUGUUACCCAUAUUUUGAAACAAGAACAGCAGAGGCAUGAGAGCAAAGAAGAUCUGUAUCUUUCAAAACAGGAGUUGAAAUUUGCUAAAGAGAUUGCUGAAGGUAUGUAGAUAAGCGCUGAAGCAAAACUUUGAUGGUCUAGUGAGCUUCUACCCGGGCCUACCAUUGGAAGAAUGGGUGAGCCAACCCGUUCAGCCCAACAUGCAUUCAUUCGUCUUCUUGAAAUCUAAAAAGGACGUGAACGAGGUCGUGAUCGACGACGGCAGUAUCGCCACUGAAGGGGAGAGCGACCUGGUUGACUUCAGGGAGGGGGCUCAGAUACUGAUCGCUUACAGCAGCGUUGCCGGGUUGCUCAAGAAGGGGGAUGUCAAACUUAUAUGAAGCGAUGUUUAGUGCGAAUAACAAUAAUAAUUUAUUGGUGCUAUUACACAGAAAACUCGGCUAAGGUGGAACACAAAAAAGUGAAAGCAACAAACAAUACGUGAAUACGACAAACAUAAACACAAAGGUAAAAAAGUUAGUAAAACCAGAGUUAAAAUUUAGAUGAACAAUAGAACUUUUAAAAUUAUAAAAGAUACUAAAUACAAUAAAAAUUAUGAAAGGCUGAAAAGCUUCAGGUAAGAGAGUUUUGCCAAAUUGUUCAACAUCAAAAGAUUUUAUUUUAUUUGGCAAUAGUUUGUAAAAUUUUAACCCGUGAUAGUUACCGUUUCUAGUUUUGGAAAGGCGCUGGCGAUUUGGACACAAAUGUUCGUCGUCUUCAGUGUUGUAAUUAUGAGUGUCUUGAUAGUUGUAUAAUUGUGAGAGUAAGCUGCAUGAAGCAAGCAUAGAUAUAUAAACAAGGCAAUGUCAUGGUAUUCAAUUUAAUCAAUUCAUUCCUGUAAGAAACGCUGUACCUCAAAUUUGACAUUAUAUCUAACACAUCUCUGUAGGCCAAAAAGUCUAGGUUUGUGUGUAGAAUCACCCCAUGCCAAAAUGGCGUAAGUCAUACUCCUGUGGAAGUAUGCAUGAGAACUGGUGAGCAAUGCUAACUUAAUUUCAGCUCUGAGUAUGUUUACAUAAGAGUAUGAAGAAAUCUUGAAAAAAAAUGUUUUCUCCGCAUCAAAAGGUCAUAGAUCAAUCUGCUUUGUUUUAAAAUGUGUAUAAAAACGAAUGCUUUUCGCAUAUCGUAGCGCGUCUAUUCAAUUACUCACAAAUACAAAGUGUUUGAAUAUGUUUAGAAGAAAAAAACGCAACCUUUGUUUUUCGCAUAAAAAUAACAUUCAUCUUUCGGAAUGGUUUGUGAUUCAUAUCGGCAAAGUAAACUCGUGUAUUUUGCUAUUAAAUGGUCUUUGAACGAAGCCUGUAUAUUGUUCAAUAAACUAGUAGUGAUCGUCAGAAAACAGGUGUUCGGGGUAAACAAUUACAUUCUCAAAAAAUUACUUGCCAAAUCUACUCGAAUUUUGUUGUUAUUUAGAAGCAUGAAUCCUACGGAUUUGAAGAAUUUCAAGUACAGAAUUGUGUGAAAUUAUCGUCGCAUGAGCAACAAGUGCCAAAACCUAUAUUUUGCCUUGGUUUUCGGCCAUAAGAUUUUUUCUAUUAGUCGGAUCUUUUUACAUGUGGUCUCAUUUUGUAGGUCUCAUACAUACCUAAAGAUUUUAUAUUCGUUCCCGUCAACACUUUCGAUUGAAUCCCAAAAAACACGUUUUCUCAUUCCUUAUUAUCAAAUAAAAAAUUGGUGUAGCUAUUUUAUGCGUCCUUUUAAAUACCCCCUUGAACACUUGCACCAAUGAAAAGGGUGAGUGCGCUAUAAUUUUUGUUUCUCUGAUAAUAAAACACACAAGAAAAUCUUCAUCUGCUUUGAAUUUAUAACUACGUUAUGAAUAAUUUUAUCAUCGUUUUAUUUUUUAUGUGUGUAUAUGUUGAUAACGAAAUUCGGGGGAUGAGUUUUAAUUGUUCGUUUUAUCUAAUGUCUUAAUUAAGUAACUUUUUUAUUGUUUAAAUUGUUAAUUAAUUUAUAUGUAAAGUUAGUGUUUUGAUGUUUUUGUAGAGCCAUGGAGA